CACCAGUGCUGAUACAGGACUACCAGUGCUGCAUAAGGAACAGGGAAGGAGCGUUUCCAGAAUGGCGCCCACUAGCGAGCCGUCGCCUUUUACGCCCCAGCUGGUCCGCGGCCUGAGCGACAAGCUGUAUGAGAAGAGGAAGGCUGCUGCCUUGGAGGUGGAGCGACUCAUACGGGAUGCCCUGAGUGCGGCAGACCAAGCUCGAGUGGCUGGGAUACUUAACGCCUUGAUUGACGACUUUGCGUACUCUUCCCUGCCGAAUGCGCGAAACGGUGGACUUAUUGCGCUGGCAGCCGCCGCCAUAGCUCUGGGAACGAACGAACUUGGGCGGCAUCUGGACGCAAUCGUCCCGCCAAUCCUGUCCUGUUUCACAGAUCAGGAUUCGAGAAUUCGUUACUAUGCUUGUGAAAGCAUGUACAACGUCGCAAAAGUCGCGCGAGGUGACAUUCUGAAGUACUUCAAUGAGGUGUUUGACGCGCUCAGCAAGCUCUCCUCCGAUGCUGACCCAUCCGCGAAAAACGCAGCAGAGCUUUUGGAUCGUCUGAUGAAAGACAUCGUGUCAGAACGAGCUGUCUUCUGGGCACCAGACCAAAAAAAUGCUGGCCCAGACACGGCCAAAACGGCCGCAGAGCAGCUAAUCACCGAAUCCGCGGGAACAUCACCCAUUGCAUCCGCGAUCCCGCCUGUCCCUGGAACCGUGCCAUACUUGCCAGGCAUGAAACCCACCCAGUUUAACCUGGCCCGUUUCAUACCGCUUCUUUCCGAGCGCAUCCACACAUUAGCGCCUUUCACUCGAAUGUUCCUCGUGCAGUGGAUAUCGGUUCUGGACUCGGUGCCUGACCUGGAGCUGAUUGCGUUCCUCCCGGACUUUCUCGAUGGGCUGUUUAAUUACCUGAGUGACCCGAAUAUCGAUGUCCGAGUGGCGACCCUCAACGUGCUCAGCGAGUUUUUGAAAGAGAUCCGCGAUGUCUUAUUGACACAGCGCGAACGAGGGGUCUUGCGGAUAAAGGGAAAAGACAUUGGCACAACGAGCGCAGCAGCAAGCACCUACGACGUUUCCGAGUCGAGUUUCUCAUUACAUGGCGGGGACGUAGAGAGCGCAAAUGAGCGAAAUGUGACGCAGAGCCAUCCGUCUCUCUUAUCCCCGAAUCCGACGGGAUCGGUUGACAGUUUACAUGCGGAGGAUGGGUCGAUGAUGGGAGCAAGAACGCGAUCUGCCAUUGCGUCCUCUUUCAAGGAAUUGAACGACCCAACGAAGAAUGAAAGCUUGCCUUAUGUUCCUGGAUUGGGAGUGACACUGGAUAUUGGGCGGAUGACUGGCAUUCUGAUCCCGCAUCUGAUGAGCACAGAUGAAGAAACACAGGCAACAUCUCUCCGAUGGAUCAACGAAUUCAUUCUACUAGCCCGCGAAGUUAUGGUUCCCUUCUGUCCCAUGCUGCUCAACGCAAUUCUCCCUAGUCUAGCCCACUCGGUCGCCGCCAUCAAAAGCGUCGCCAACGAAGCCAACGCGACACUUUACAGACUCAUCCUAGACCUCCCCAUCGCGCCGCUGGACGACAGCUUCAUCUCCACUGACCAAAACGCCAUCACCAUCACCGCCCCUGCAGAGGACACGCGUUCGCGCCAAGCAAGUUUCCAUCCCACCCCCGGUGGUGUCUUCUCCACCCAUUUCGACUUCAUCGAUGUGCAAUCCACCGUCGAAACACUCACCCUCCAAUUCCAAGACGAGAGAGAAGAAACCCGCGUAGCCGCCCUCGACUGGCUGCUCAUGCUGCACAAAAAGUCCCCGAAACAGGUCCUCUCCUCCGACGACGCGACAUUCCAAGCCCUCCUCCGCACUCUCUCCGACUCCUCGGAGGAGGUCGUGAAACGCGACCUCCAGUUGCUCGCGCAGGUCUCGCAGCAUUCGGAUGAUGAGUAUUUUACGCGUUUUAUGGUCAGUCUGCUGUCGCUGUUUUCCACGGACAGGCGGCUGUUGGAGACAAGGGGAAGCUUGAUUGUCCGACAGUUGUGUUUGAGCUUGCAUCCGGAGAGGAUGUAUAGGACUUUUGCGGAGAUUUUGGAGCGGGAGGAGGAUUUGGAGUUCGCGAGCACUAUGGUGCAGAAUCUCAACUUUAUCCUCAUCACGGCCCCGGAACUGAUCGAUUUACGGCGGAGGCUUCGGAAUCUCGAGAGCCGGGACGGAAUCCUCCUCUUCACAGUCCUCUACCGCUCCUGGUGCCACAACGCCGUCGCCGUCUUCUCCCUCUGCCUCCUCGCCCAAGCCUACGAGCACGCCUCACACCUCCUCACACUGUUCGCCGACCUCGAAAUCACCGUUAACCUGCUCAUACAAAUCGACAAACUUGUCCAACUCCUCGAAUCCCCAGUUUUCACGUACCUGAGACUGCAGCUCCUGGAACCGGAUCGGUAUCCGUACCUGUUCAAGUGUCUCUAUGGGAUCUUGAUGCUGCUGCCGCAGAGCUCGGCGUUUGCGACGUUGAGGAAUCGGUUGAAUUCGGUUAGCAGUAUGGUGUUUAUGAGCAGUGGGGCUAUGGGUGGAGGGAUGGGGGCGGGGGCGGGGAGUGUUACACCGCCUGCGGUGCCGACACCUGGGGAGAGCGCGGGAAGGAAUGGGUUUUCGCCGCUGGGGUUGAGACGCAGCAAGCCCUCGACGCCGAUACAGGCAGAAGCACCAUUGCCGCCGCCGUCACAACCGAUGAGGUGGGCCGAGCUGUUGCAACAUUUUAGGUCCGUGCAGUCGCGGCAUGAACGGAGUCGGCGGAGUGGAGGCACGCGCACCGCCCACUCCCUCGACCGCCACUUCUCCACCAAACGCCGCCCACGCGCCCGCACCGACGUAGACUCCCCAACACCUCCAACCCACCCCGACUCCUCCGACACCCCAACAACCCUCCCGGCGACCUCACCCCUCCCCAACUCCCCAAAUACUCCCACCCUCCCCGAUCGCUAUCACUCCCACAGCAACUCCCUCACCCGUCCCAACACCUCCUCGGGGGGCGUCGCGGCCUCUCCGACGAGUAACUCGGGGAGGUAUGUGAGGGCCGGUGGAAGUCCUGGACGGCAUUCGUCGACGAGUAUCGGCGGGGUGGGGGGUGCGCAGGCGGGCGAUGGGAGGGUGAGGAAGGCGGGGAGUGAUCGGAGUUUGUUUUUUUAGAGGGGGACGUGAGAAGUCCUACCCCGACGCGAGAAAUACGGCAUUUCGUUGGGGUGGGUUGUUGUAGCGUUGUGUAGUGUAGUGUAGGGGACGAUGGGCAACAUGUGUGCAGGGAUGUGAUAGCGGCGUAGAGCAGUGUGUAUGUAUACAUAGGUUGUUGCUCUUUGAAUUGGAAGUUCCUGAGGGCACUUCCACCGUGGCUACUUUAGGGCUCCAAACCGGCUAAAAAUGCCGAUCAGGGAGUGACUCACCUUUUUUUUUACCCUUGGGCAUUUCCACCGUACGGGCAAAACUCGAAGCGCAGCAGUUGUAGCCGGUGAUCGGUGGGCAAAAACGAG